AAGAAUGGAUUCUCUUAUCGCCUGGCAACCGAGCUUGAGAAAAUUUACAUUCCGUUUAACCCGCGUUCUCUAUUUUAACGUGACCCACCUUUGGUACGUCGUUGUCGAACUUUCCUCCGCAAUCUACCAUGCAUCAAUCUCUGCUCAUUGAUGAGAUCCUUUCUCACAUUAUUCAGCUCAUCGCUGUCGACGGUCAGCGGGACCCAAAGCGCUUGGAAAAUACUAGCGACCUUGCUAGGCUAGCUCGGACAUGCCGCAGCUUUAUGGAAUGCGCUCUUGACAUCCUCUGGCGAACUCAGCAUUCGCUAAGUCCUCUCAUCAUGUGUUUGCCAAGAGGCAUCUGGGAGAUUCACUCAAGCAAUAUACUCUAUCUCACCAGAUCGCCUACUGGAUCUGAAUGGACACGAUUUGACGUGUAUUCACACCGUGUGAAGAGUUUUUCAUACCCAAAGCAAACGAACGUAAUCAGAUUACACGAGGACGCACUUCCACUCCUUUUUGUUGAACGCCAUCCGCAGUCUCUGUUCCCGUCACUUUCCUCGCUCGACUUUUCUAUCUUGUCGUGCAACUCCUCCAACUUUCCCUUGAUCAGAGGCUUUCUCUCCCCAAAACUGACAAACCUCACCUUCACUCUCCCUCGAAAGAUGUGUCCUCGGGACGUUUGCGUAGUGCUAGAAGACCUUCCUCGGAAGGCUACCCACCUCGAAAACGUCGCAAUUUCAUCAUUCUUUCCAGUGACGUCAUUUAAAUUGAAUGUUUCGACCCACGAACUGCCAUACUUACGUCGGUUGGUCGUCUCCAACUCUAUUCGUAUAUCUGCGGAGAGCAUGCUGAAUAUUGCAUCACUUCGUUAUGUCCAAGAGCUUGCCUUGAAUCUUCAGCCUGACUUCGAUACCGACAUGCUACGAGGUAGGACAUAUCACACCUUCCCCGCUCUCCGGCAUCUCAGCCUCGCGGCAUACGACCUUCCUCAGUGUACAUCUCUUGUGUCCCUUAUAUCCACACCACGACUAGAAGAGCUUGCCGUUUCCUACGACGCCCAAGCACCAUCUUCCAUCGUUAAUUCAUUCUUGAGUGCCAUUGGCACGUCUCUUCGAUCAAUCUCUCUCCGGCACAACAUACAAACCAAUACAAUUGCCGGCACUCCUUUUAUCUUCUAUUCAUCCACAUUUACACCGCUACUCGCUUCCCGCAAUCUCCGCAUCAUCAAAUUCUCCCAUCUUGGUACGCUCAAUUUAGAUGAUGAAUUCAUCACCGCAGCGGCUAAAGCCUGGAGCGAGCUGGAGGAACUUCGACUCUGCAGCUUACCUUGGUCCUCCAUAACUCCCAGCAUCAGUUUAAACAGCUUGACAGCGUUGACCCAAGACUGCCCGAAGCUCACCCACGUACACUUGGCAUUGGAUGCGAGGGACAUCCCUGAACUACCGACCGGCAGUCUUGGCGUGACUGGUGCACAGUUCCUGGAGGUGCUCAACGUCCGGGAUUCGGUUAUUGAGCACACUGAACCUGUUGCACAAUUCUUGCGGGCAAUCAUACCGAAUAUGAAGGCUUUGUAUGUUGAAGCCCAUCCAGAACUGAGGGAUAGAUGGAUGCAAGUCAAGGCUCACUAUGACCGGCUGCAAAUGGGGCCCUUACAGAAUGGGCCAUAGAAAGAUCUUUUGUUCAGCCACCGUAGAACUAGUCACGAAUUCUUUUGAUAGAGUAUUUUCUACUUAACUUAACUUAGGUAUUCCUUAGAUUCGUCGCUUUGCACGCUGAACGC